UCUGUCAGCCCGCGGAUCCCACCGCUCGCUCCCCACUGCCCAGUGGUUUUUGCGUAGGCUCAUAGACUGACGGACAACAAAAAUGGCGGAGCGGAGCCAGACGGCGCCUGAGGCAGGCAAUGAUUCAGGAAAUGAGGAUGCCAUUGGAGGGAAUGUGAGCAAAUACGUAGUGUUUCCAAAUGGAUACUCUGGACAACCCAAGAAAGGACAUCUUACCUUUGAUGCUUGUUUUGAAAGCGGUAACCUUGGCCGGGUUGAGCAAGUCUCAGAGUUUGAGUAUGAUCUGUUCAUUAGGCCUGACACCUGUAAUCCUCGCUUCCGGGUCUGGUUCAACUUCACUGUUGAAAACGUGAAAGAAUCACAGAGGGUCAUUUUCAACAUUGUUAACUUCAGUAAAACCAAGAGUCUUUAUAGAGAUGGGAUGGCGCCUAUGGUGAAAUCUACCAGCAGACCAAAAUGGCAAAGACUGCCGCCUAAAAAUGUUUACUACUACCGCUGCCCAGACCACAGGAAGAAUUAUGUGAUGUCCUUUGCAUUCUGUUUUGACCGAGAAGAUGAUAUUUACCAGUUUGCUUACUGCUACCCAUAUACAUAUACUCGCUUCCAGCAUUACCUCGACAGCCUCCAAAAAAGAAACAUGGAUUAUUUCUUCCGGGAGCAGCUUGGACAGAGUGUGCAACAGCGGCAGCUUGACCUCCUGACAAUAACCAACCCUGAAAAUCUCCGAGAUGGGGCAGAAAAGAAGGUGGUAUUCAUCACAGGACGAGUUCACCCAGGGGAAACGCCAUCUUCAUUUGUGUGCCAAGGGAUCAUUGACUUCCUUGUAAGUCAUCAUCCUAUUGCCCGUAUCCUACGAGAACACUUGGUCUUCAAGAUUGCACCAAUGCUCAACCCUGAUGGAGUCUACCUGGGCAACUACAGAUGCUCCCUGAUGGGCUUUGAUCUGAAUCGUCACUGGCUGGAUCCCUCUCCAUGGGCGCAUCCCACCCUGCAUGGAGUGAAGCAACUCAUCAUCAAGAUGUACAAUGAUCCAAAAACAAGCCUGGAGUUCUAUAUCGACAUCCAUGCCCACUCCACCAUGAUGAAUGGCUUCAUGUAUGGCAACAUCUUUGAGGACGAGGAACGGUUCCAAAGGCAGUCCAUUUUCCCAAAGCUCCUGUGCCAGAAUGCAGAGGACUUCUCCUACACCAGCACAUCCUUCAACCGGGAUGCUGUGAAAGCAGGAACUGGCCGUCGCUUCCUCGGUGGGCUCCUGGAUCACACAUCAUACUGCUACACCCUAGAGGUUUCGUUCUACAGUUACAUCAUUGGGGGUACUACAGCCGCUGUACCCUACACUGAAGAAGCCUAUAUGAAACUGGGAAGAAAUGUGGCGAGAACAUUUCUAGAUUAUUACCGGCUGAGUCCCUUGGUUGAUAGGAUGACAGUCCCCAUACCGAGGCUUCGGAAAGAAACCCCCCCUCCUUACAAGCACCUGUCCCUGCGGGGCUCAGCCAGCAAUGUCCCCAGCAGCAAGGGGGACAAGAAGAGCUCACUGAACCACAAAGACCCUUCAACCCCCUUUUAAAGACAUGGCACCUGGAAGCACUGUGGGUGCAGGAAAAUGAAUUUCCUGUAGGGACACGAAAUUCAGUGCCACUCCCUGGUUUCCAAGACAGGAGUUUUCAACACAUUGCACAUGCUAGUGAAAGGGAGCGGGGAAAGAGAGGAAUUUUAUCUUUGAUUUUUCAAUUUUCCCAAUGGGAAAUCAAUUGUGAGCCGUCAACUCAAGGCUGAGUGGAGUAGGAGAGUGGAGUGAGCACAGACUUUAUCUUCCACAGCACAGAGGCAAACCCACACACUCCUCUCAAGAGGUCCCACAGGUCUCAGGCUGGUUCCCCAUAAGCCCCUCUUUACCUUUUAAAGUUGUAUAGUCACUGCGCAGGUGACUUCACUUAAAACAGGCUGCCAUUGUUUCUAGGUUAGGAAUUCAGUCUCCAUAUUUUCUGAGCCAAAGCAACAGCUACACACAUGCACGCCAAAGGCAAACAGGCUGUUGUGAACAAUGGGGCAGAGUGUUUAAACCCAGAGUGGUCUCAGAAGCAUGGUCACCGUAUCUAUAAGCCUCACGCUCGCUCACUCCCUCAAGCCCCAGCAUGCAACUUCAGAAAGCUGUUCUGAAAGCCAUUUCUCAACUUCCCAGGUAGUUUAAUCGAAAUUCUAGCUCCCCAGACAAAAAGCCUUGCUCACUCCUUCCGGAGAACUACUGUGGCUAAGGUCUGCAGUCCCUGCUGACAAGGAUCAGGUGAGGUGAGCAGUGAUAAUCUGCACUAGGGACAGGGUGACUACCAGGUAAGGGGACUGCAAGAGACAAAGAAAUGCACCGUGGCAGGUAGGAGUGAGAAAAGAAAAUGACAGCAGAAGCAAUCCCCAAGGCGGUGCAAGCCAAAUAGUGUGCAUUUUCCUGAAGCUUAAAGUGCCUUUGUGUGAUGAAUGGGUCCAGGGGAGUCCACUCCCUUCCUGUCUGGAGAAGCAGCAGGCUGAGUCACCAUGGCAGCCUGCUAAUUAAAAUGACCUCCCGGAAAUGAGGAUUAGGAGAUAGGCAGAGGGAGGGAGUCUCCAGGGAGCUGGGGCCUUCAGCACACAAUUCCAGUUAAACGUUCUUUGCGUUUGCCACGGAGGUUUUCAAAGUUUAUUGCAAAAAAUCAAGAGCAAAGCUUGUUUUCUCUUUCGCAUAUUGGUUUUCCGAAAUGGUAACAAAGAACCAUAUGUUAGUUUGCUAUGAAUGUUCCAUUGUAUAUAUAGCAACCUUCCUGGGUUUCUA